AUGGCGGAUUCUACGAAGAAAAGUUUAACUUCUACUUCGGCCAGCAAGUCAACUUUUGAUCUCGCUAGUAUAAUUUUUGAAAAAGAUAAAAGCAGAAAGUCUGUAAAAGGGACUGAUAGUUUUAAAACUAGCAUUAAAUCAACUGCAACUGGUGAAAAUUUAGAAAAGGUCACAUGCAGUCCGAGUGAAAUGGCGGCAAGAAAUCGACCGUCCUCAUCCAAAAAUAAAGAUGAUGCAAUCAUCGAAACUGCAAGUUUUUCAAAAGAUAACAGUCAAACUUUUGCUGACUUCAAAAUGGAAAUGCAUGAAAUGCAUAAAAAGUCUUUUGAAGAAAUUCAAUUAAUUAUUGCAAAUUCGAUGGAUAAUUUACGACAACCAGAAAGUCGUCGUACAGAUAAAAGACCCAUUUGUGGCCGGAAACGAGUUAUUUCUGAAUCUGAUGUCAACAACGAUAGAUCAGAAGGUGAAAUUUACGAAAAUUCAGACUCUGAUUUUCUUUUGACUCAAAAGAAGUAUAAGAUCCCGAAGUUGGAUAAAAAGAGAGCCGGGGGAGAAAAUCUGGACAUAAUACAACAAAUUAAUGAAUUGUUGGAGCAAUCUAAUGAUGAAAGACCAUGA